GUCUUUUUACUCAAUUCAAUCGCAAGAUGGAAAUGACUCGUGGAGAGUAUGUUUGUGACUUCGUCAUUGUCUUGCUAACAACAUUCUCAUCAACAGCCAUCCUCGGAAAUUGCUCCGAAGGCUUUAGCUGGUCUGUAAACGUUCCUGGUCAGAAAGCGUUCCAAAAUACUAUUCCCCAAGUUCCAAAUGAAAGUGAGAUGCAGCAAAAAGAAGGGGCUGAUAUUUCUAGUAGUCGCAGUAAUCCUGUCAGCAACUAUUGCUGCGUGCGUUCUGUUCUUACCUUCACUGCGGAAAAAGACAGGAAAGAAGAUAGAUGGGACAGAUCUUUCUCUAACACGUAGCUCAGAAUGGUCUGGAUGCACAGGAAGAGAUUGCCGAUUUAAAAGGCCAUCUUAUUCUGGAGAUUCUUCUGCAUUACGAAGAAAAAUUUGUUCUCUGGAAGACUGUGUUCUUGCAGCAUCCAAAAUUUUAAAGUGGUUAGAUAGAAAUGUGGAUCCCUGUGAUGACUUUUACAGCUAUGCUUGUGGAAAUUUUAUCCAGUCGUAUACAGUUCCAGAAGGUUGGGUAUCUUACAAAAGUUUUGAUGUUGUCAGUGAGGAUGUGGAUCUUACAAUAAAAGGUAUCUUGGAGAAGCCAACAUAUGUCAAUGAAAGCAAUUCACUAACAAGAGCUAAAGCUGUAUACGAGACAUGUAUGGAUCUCGCCCACGUCGAGGAAUUUUCCCUGUCAGAAUUGAUGCAAAUUCUGUCGAACAAAGGCAUCGGUGAAUGGCCCUUCUUGAAUCCUGAAUGGAAGGAUUGUCGUCUGGAUGUUGAAUGGAGAAUGGCUAAGCUUAAUUCCAUGGGCGUGGAUUCGUUCUUUCGCCUGGAAGCUCGUUUCGGCGGAGAGGACCAUCGUCUACACGCUUUUCUGAGUGUAGCUGAACCUCUAGUGAAUGGUAUCUGCGAUGAUGGCGAUGAUAAUGUAAACAAAACGCUGGAGAAAGCAUCCGAACAUCGCAAGAUUCUGUUGUCAGUUUUAGAAUUGCUAAAUGUGGAAAUCACCAAUGUCACAGAAGCGGAUGUAGAUGAUAUUUUCCUGUUUGAUUUCAAAUUUUGCAAUGCUAGUAAAUUAGCAAGAGAAAAAAUAAAAGUAAUGGACAAUCACUCAUCUGUUAAUGUCACUCUUAUGAAUUUAACAAGCUUAGCAACGCAGAUCAACUGGAUUAGGUGGCGAAACAUAAUUUUUUCUGAAUUGCAUUUGGAUUUUCCUCAUGAUAAACAGCACAUAUAUGUUGAUGGAGUCGAAGCAAGCAUCAAGGAAAUCUCAGAGUUGAUUCACAGUACGUCUUCUAAAGUAUUAGCCAACUACCUAACCUGGAAGUUCGUAGUUUAUCAUCUAGGCUUUCUUGGAAAGGCUUUUAGACAAAUCCUGGAGAAUCAUUCAAAUCUAAGGUCGCGACAAGCACGUCAACUAGGAAUGGAUUCUGAUCGCUGGUUACCCCGAUGGCGGCAGUGUGUAAUUUAUAUCAAAGACUUAAUGCCUAUUGCUAUUUUACCAGAAUACCGUGAACUUAUGAAGUUAGAGGGAAGAGAAAAAGAGAUGAAUUACGUUGCUUCAUUGAUCAAAAAUGAGUUUAGAGUGAUCUUGAGGGAUACGAGAGAUCUUUUUCAAAUUGAUCAGUUGAAGAGUAAUCAUAAGAUAGAUAAACUCGAAAUCCUCCUGGCAUAUCCUCAAAAAGAUGAAAAAUUCUUCAAGAAAUAUUACUCAAAUAUGGCGCAGACCAGUGAUUCUUUUCUCUUAAAUGGAAUGAAGUUAAGAACGAUACGCAUGAAAAAAGUCAUGGAAGGUGUAUCGUUAUCGAAGACUGUACGAGACCUAGAAUAUGCAAUCCAAGUGCUUUACGACCCAUUCAGCCGGGAUACUUACAGUUUCUUCAGAGGAAAUCGAAUUGUUGUUUCUCCUGCUUUUCUACAGGCCGGUCCUAUUACACCUAGACUUCCAAGGUUUUUAACGUUAUCGACAUAUGGAUCUGCUAUUGGACACCAGUUAACGCAUGGAUUCGACUUAUUCGCUCUUGAUGGUCGAACUAAAACAAAUUGGACCACAUGGCAGCCGUAUGUUUUGGACAAUGCUAGGAGAAAAGCCCAGUGCUUUUUGGAGAAUUUUCAAUACGAAGGUCCUGCUCCUCUUGAGGAAGCAAUCAGAACUACAACUCUUAACGAAGAUUUAUGUGACAGCCAAGGCAUCUCAUUAGCUUUCAAGGCAUAUCUCAAAUAUUUGUCUGACCAUGGAGAUGACGAUCGCUUACCGGGACUUCCGCUGCUAACUAACGAAGAACUGUUUUUCGUCAGUUACGCUCAGCAAUUCUGUGAGAUCAUUGGCGGUCAAGAGCCAUCGCAUCACAGCGCAGGACGCAGAAGAGUGAAUUUAGUGUUAAAAAACUUUCCCUAUUUCUCCGAAGCAUUUGGAUGCUCUUACGACAAACCUAUGAACUUUUCUAAAUGCGAAAAUCUAUGGAUUUAAAAGUGAUAUUUUGUACUUCGUUCUGUAAAUAUACAUUGAGUGUUUCAUGAUUUGUAUUGGAAUAAAUUCAGCUUAUUAUUCGAAAAAUAAAAUUCUGAGCACAGUUA